AUGGAAGGCUUAAUAUAUAUAAUAUAUAUUUUUUUCGUGAAUGAAUUACGUGGAGUUCAAACAGAGUUAAUAGCUACGCCAAAUAAACGUAAAACUACUAAUGACGAAGUGCUGGUAAUAGCCGAUGUACCCUUGGAACCGAAUUGCUCACAACCAAUUUGCGUAGGACCACUGUCUCAAAUUUAUUGUUCUGGAAAACUAAUUCACACAGCGUGGUUGUUUGGAAUGCAAGAAACAUGCCCUGGUAAUAUGAUGCGUAAAUCACCAGAACUUAUUUUGGAAUUGUUCAACAAUCUCACCUAUCCACUAAAACGUGACCAGUUUCACAAAUUUUGUAUCGAAAACUUUGCGAACAUAAGUUAUCUUAAACAAGCAACUUUGGUAGAUUGGACUGAAGAACCGGAAAAUAUAAGACGAUUGCAGAACAUAGCGUUAAAAAAAUUUGCUCGAAAACUGAAUGAAUUAUGGAAAGUGUUGGCACGAGAAUUUGUGGAACAGGUACAUGAAACUCCUGAGCUAUUCCCAAUUUUACCUGUUUCAAAUGCAUUCAUCGUACCUGGUGGUUCGUUUCAGAUAUAUUUUUACUGGGAUUCGUACUGGAUCAACAAAGGACUGUUAUUUUCAAACAUGUCAACAACUGUUCGUCAGAUCCUUGAAAAUCUGGCCAGUGUUGUUCGGUUUCAUGGAUUUAUUCCAAAUUCGGGUAGUGUGCAAUUGUCGCGACGAAGUCAUCCUCCCCUGUUUACGCAAAUGAUAGCGGAUUAUUAUGGUGCUACCGGUAACAAAACUUUCCUAAAAGAGAUGACACCGUGGAUGGUUCAAGAGAUGCUAUGGUGGGCAGAAAACCGAGCACUUGAUGUUAAUUUGCCGUCUGGUCGAAAGUAUCGAAUGUAUCAGUACAGGGCCUUAUCCAGUUGCCCUCGUCCGGAAAACUACUUAGCCGAUCUAAAUAGUGGCCUAAACGGCACGGGACAUCCCGAAUUUAUUUGGUCGUCAAUUGCUAGUGCUUGCGAAUCCGGACUGGAUUUCAGCACAAGGUGGUUUGCACAUCAAGGGAAAUAUGCAGACACCAAAUAUUCAAUCCGGACCAAUGAUAUUAUCCCAGUUGAUCUGAAUGUAUUUAUGGCAUGGAAUUUUGCUACACUUAGUAAUUUUUACGAAAUACUUGGAAGAUCUAAGAAGGCAGCUGAAUAUCAUGAACUGUACAUGAAGUUACGUGAAGCACUGGAUGAGGUUUUCUGGAGUGAAGACCAUGGGGCAUGGUUUGAUUAUGAUUUGGUAGAGCAGAAACUGAGAAGUGGCUUCUAUCUGUCUAAUGUUUUUCCACUUCUACUUGGUGGCUAUGGUGCGCGCAUAACUACGAAAGUUCUUGACUACUUACUCGGAAAUGGGGUACUCAAUUUCAAAGGUGGCAUUCCGGUGAGCUUAAAUAACGCUUCGCGUGAACAAUGGGAUUAUCCAAACGGUUGGCCACCAUUCACACAUUUAUUCGUGGAAAGUUUACGAUUGUCGGAAGAUGAAAAACUUGUUAAAAUAGCUGAAAAAACAGCCUGGAAGUUUAUCCGUACUGUUUACAAUGGAAUGAUGAACCCAAAAAGGAGAUGCCAGCAGCAUCUUGGGAGAAGUAUGACAUUCGAUACGAUGAUGGUAGGCCUGGCUCAGGUGGCGAAUAUCCUGUACAGCAAGGUUUUGGGUGGACAAAUGGCGCCGUGCUUGAUCUCAUUUACAAAUAUGAAAUUGCUGAACAGCAUACUGUUUCUGGAACAGAGCCAAUAAACUCAGGUGAAUUAUCUUCGACUGGGCAG